AUGUCCACCGGACGCCGUGUUACUCGCCUUCAACUCUCUCAUAUCAAGGACACCUUUCCAUUCAUGGAUCUGCCCGCAGAGCUGCGCAACGACAUCUACAUCCACUCUAUCGACUUCACGACGUUGGAGCGUUAUUUCGAUGCUGCCUACCAGACCCUCAUCACCAAUAAGAAGAUCAAAAACCGCCAGCAUCAUGCUCCACAACGCAAGACUCCUACAAUCUUCUUGAUCAAUCGGCAGAUCUUUCGCGAGUCUUCAUAUCUGCUGCAGAAGAGCUUCUGUGUCCGCUUCUCGCAUGGUCUACUCAAGACUGGCUCCAUCGAGAAUGUCAUCUCGGUCAACCUCUUGCGUCAAGUAUCCUCCAUCGAGAUCACUGACAGCGGCCACCCAAUCAUCAAGGGCAGCAUCCUCCCUCAGAGCUGGCAUGGAUAUAUGACCCUCCUCUCCGAGCUGGGCAAAAUCCUCGCUGAAGGCCAUAAGCUCAAGGAGCUCGUCAUUGACUUCAAGGACGAUCGACUUAAGGAGCACAUGACACACUGCUACGAGGCGGAUUAUCAGUGCGGCUUUAGGGAUCAGAUGCAAAAAGCUCUUGAGUCACUCCGAAACGUCCGUGGCAUCGGCAAGGUGACUCUCAAUGGCCUCAACGCUCAAGAGGCUAAAGAGCUCAAGUCUCUCAUGGAGAAGAAGCCAGUCAACUUCAUGUCUCUGCCUCUCGAGCUUCGAGACAUGAUCUACGAGCAUACCAUGGACAUCUCCGAAAUCUCGAAGCCCCUCACGCGUGGUCUCAUCGACUAUCCGCACAAGACCAAGGACUUCCCUUUCCCGCCACUAACCACUCCAAACGUGCUCCUGCUCAACAAGCAGAUCAGCGAGGAGGCUAUCAAGGUUCUUCGCAAAAAGCCAGUGCACAUCACCUUUACCUCCAAGCACAACAUCUCCGACCAGGCCAAGCUUCCGUCUAUCUUGGCCUUCGUCUCUCGCGGUUCUCUCAAGCAGGUCAAGACUAUCACCAUCACUAUGGAGAGCUGGGAAUGGGUCUACAAUCUCGAGAAUCGUCUCAUCAACAUUCUCGCCGCGAGCAAGCACCUUCAGAACUUCCACUUCAACUUUCACGACUCCUUGAAAUCAAGUUUCACCAAGCUCUCGACCCAGCGCUAUCCUGACAAGCAGAUUCACGAUAGCCUCAAGAAGCUCACUAAGAUCCGUGGUCUCACGCAGGUCACGUUCUCUGGUGACUUGCCAAUCGUGUACACCGAUGCACUGGCUCAGAUCAUGACUUCCAAGCCGAGCAUCCCGGACGCCAAGCUACCUAAGCUCAAGGCUGUGACUGGCGAGGACAAGGUCGUCGACAUUACCGAGGAGAAGGAGGAGGAGGAGACAUCUACUACUGAGACUCAGCAAGAGCAACCAUGAGAGGGCGCUGCGCCGCCGCACACGACAUCCAACACGAUACAAUACGACCAAGCCUUCUCACCACUCGAAAUCUAUCAUACUUAUCAUCAUCAUCUCAUCUUAAGCCAUCGGCUCCUGGACAUCUGUGCGAUUACCUGCAAGGCAGCAUGCACAGAGCUUUCGAACUCACACUCGAGCGGAAGGGAAUAAGCUGGUGGCGUCAAGACGCGAAAGGGCAAUUUGAGCAGGACUCGUUCACACGAUUGCACAUACCUUCAUCUCUUUCAGACUACUUUCUUAUUUCCAUUUUCGACUUAGCUAGACAUCAUCAUCAAAGAAACGAAAAGCAUUGCGAGGAGGGCGGAGGAUGUGGCUGCAGGGUUUAUUGGGGCACGACACGAAGGAUACGAUGAAACGAUGAAACGAGGAAUCAUUGCAAGAGUUCUGGGGUAGUAUGUUUUAUGUGUCACUUAAAGUAUCUUCCAAGAUCAAUUGAACAUACUGUCAAAGUCGAGAUCAGCGUUGUUGUUAUUGCCAUCGUCGAGGCCGGUGCCAUCGAAAUUGGCCAGAUCCAUAAGAUCGUCGAAAGUGGUGUCGCGCUGCUCGCCGGCUCCUUGACUAUUCAUGCCGUUGUUCUGACUGUCAUUGCCGGUGC